AUGGCCCCAACUCCCCACGUGCCACCUGACUCCGUGGUGACCCCUGUGGUGGUGGUGGCUGGAGAGAGAAUUGCUGCAAACUGUCUCAAUGUAACAGAAAACUUCCUGCCUUUGAAAUGUGAUGCAUGUGCAGAAGUUUUCUGUAAAGAUCAUAUCCGAUAUGAUGACCACAAGUGUUGCUCUGCCUACAAAAAGAAUGUGCAGGUUCCAGUAUGUCCACUCUGUAAUGCCCCUAUUCCAGUACAAAAAGGGGAAAUUCCAGAUGAUGUGGUUGGAGCCCACAUGGAUAAGGACUGCAAAUAUAAUCCAGCUCAGCAGAGACAGAGGAUCUUCACAAACAAGUGCUUAAAGCCAGGCUGCAAAAGGAAAGAGUUGAUAAAGAUGGUCUGUGAACAGUGCCAUGGAAACUUCUGUAUAAAGCAUCGGCAUCCUCUGGAUCAUGACUGCAAAGGAAGUGGCCACCCUGUCUCCAAGGCUGGAUAUGCAGCUCUGAUGAGAGCCUCUGAAACUGCCUUCAAGUCAACAGGAGCAAUUGGGAUGCCCUCUAAUGGGAGUCCUCAGCACAACAGAUCCAGAUAGUGGAGGCUCUUCACACACCUGGAGCAAAACUGCCUACUUCUAAGUAAUUGUCUAAAGUUUUCUUUAUUUUUCUAUGGAAGUAAGGGUGGGUUACUUUUUUGUAUCUUUUGUGUUCAAUAAAUGCUGCC